ACGUAGCUUGCCAUCCCGCCUCCCGUCGACACAACAAAAACCACCUACACCCUUGGCAACCUCUUCCCCGAGCUGAACCUUUCUGUUUCUUCCUCUCUACAUCAACAUCUCUGUGAUUUCCUCAUCUUCUCAGUUCUUUCCGGGCCUCUUUUUUUUCGUGAUACCCCCAUCUCUGGCUCUUCGUUGGAAGACUGAUCGCAAAUCAACAUCAUGCGUUUCCUCCCCGCCGUCCUGACGGCUCUGGCUGCCCAGGGCGCCAUCGCGAGCUCUUGGUUCUCCAAGGCCGCCUACAACAAGUGGCACGAGACGGAGCUUGAGCGCUGGCUGUCUGACCAUGACAUCCCCUACCCUACUCCCGCCGAUCGCAAGGAUCUCGAGAAGUUGAUCGAGAACAACUGGAACGACUACGUUGUCUCCCCCUACAACUCGUGGGAUACCGACCGUCUUCAGAGCUACCUGAAGGCCAAGGGUCUCGAGACCGAGGGCGCCGCCAAGGCCAACAAGGAGUCUCUCGUCGCUCAGGUUCAGGGCUCUUGGUACGAGACGAGCGAUCAGGCUCAGAACGCCUACCUCAGUGUCAAGGACUGGAUCUUGGACAGCUGGACCGACAGCCAGCUCAAGGCCUUUGCCGACAAGCACGGCAUCCCCGUCCCCCAACCCCGCAACCGUGACAGCAUCCUCCAGAAGGCCCGCGCCAACUACGAGACCAUUGCCCAGAAGGCUGGCGAGACCGCCUCCUACCCUGGCAACUGGCUGUAUGAGACCUGGUCCGAGUCUGACUUCAAGGAGUGGCUUGAUACUCAUGGAUUCCCCGCUCCCCAGGUCACCAGCCGUGACAAGCUGAUCGCCUCUGUCCGCCGCAAUUCCCGUCUUGCUUCCCUUAAGGCUCAGGAGCAGGCCGCUAGCGCUUCCGCUUCUGCUCAACAGGCAUAUGCCACUCUCACCGAUAUGGUCAUUGACGCCUGGAGCGAGUCUCAGCUCAAGGAGUUUGCCGACAAGAACGGCAUUCCUGUUCCCCAAGGCACCAAGGCCAAUGAGCUGAGAGCCCUCGUUCGCAAGCACCGUGCUGACUUCCUCAACUCCAACAUUGCUGGCAAGGCCAACAGUGCUUUUGGUGCUGCCACCUCCAACGUCAACCAGGCUGCUGCCAAGGCCACCGAUGCUGCCUCCAACGCUGCUACCGAGGCCUUCAACGAGGCUGUUGGUACUUGGUCUGAGAGCCGUCUCAAGGGUUACCUUGACUCCCGUGGCGUUCCCGUUCCCCAGGGAUCCAAGACUGAUGAGCUCCGUGCCCUUGUUCGCAAGAACCAGCACAAGGCCGCCACUGGCUGGAGCGCCUGGACCUACGAUGAUCUCUCCACCGAGAACCUCCGCAAGUACCUUGCUUCCAGCAGUGAUGCUGCCGUCAAGAAUGUUGCCGACAAGAAGGACGCUACUCGCGAUGAGCUCGUCAACGCUGCUCAGUCUGCUUACAGCUCCGCCUCCUCUGCCGGUGGUACUUCCUACGCCUCCGUCACCAGCUACCUGUCUCAGGCCACCGACGCGGUCAAGUCCAACUUCUUUGACACAUGGAGCGAGAGCGAGCUCAAGAGCUACCUUGACAGCUACGGUGUCAACGUUCCCCAGGGAUCCACCGUCAACGAGCUCCGCGCCUAUGCCCGCAAGCAGUACACGUACUUCAAGUACGGUACCUCGACUCCUUCCGAGACUCUCUUCGCUAAGGUCGCAGAGAACGUCAAGGAUACCUGGAACUGGGUUUCUAACCAGAUCGGUCUUGGUGCUGACGCCGCCCAGAAGAAGGCCGUCGAGUCCAAGGAAAAGGUGAAGCAGGAGCUGUAAAUGCUCCCCACACUUUCUAAUUGAUACACAUCUCGUAUGAGGAUGGUAUUAGUGACUCACAUGAGUUACACUGAUGACGGAUGACAAAAUUUGGGUUUUCGGCUUGCUUUAUCAACGACUUUGCUUUGGGAAGUACCAUGGUUCGGAGGGGAUACCUUCAAGCCCAGGGUAACAAGGGUGAUGAACGCCGCACGUUUAUCGAGUCUUUCCCCUGGGCCAGGACUGUACACUAUUCAUUUAGUAAUGAGCCAUGAAAUUAAGCAUUCAAAGUAC